ACUAUCUGGUUGGACCUUUCUCUGAGAUGUUGGGGUCACCCUAAAACCGAAAGUGGGAGGCACCCCUAAUAACAUGCUCCCUUCCGAGAGCUUUCCCCACAGCAGGCUGCCCAGGAGCAGCGCCCAGCACCGGUACAUCCACACACAGGCAGUGCUGCCCCUCGCCAUUCCCCGCCUCACAGGAGGAGGAGCCGCAGCACACCCAGACUCCGCCCCACAAACAGGCACCGCCCCAGAGAGCAGAAAUCGGGCUGGCGAUAUUGAGGAAGACCGGGGAACAGAGCUGAGAGCCAGGCCGAAGGAUUUCCGGCAGUGCUACGGAACAUACCAGCACCAGAAUGAUGUCUGCCUCACGAAAUCUACAGCUGUGGUGCUCCCGGCAGUGUGAGGGUUACCCUGGCGUUCUGAUAAAUGACCUCAGCUCCUCCUUUCGGGAUGGACUUGCCUUCUGCGCCCUCAUUCACCGCCAUCAGCCUGAUCUAAUUGACUUUGAUUCUCUUUCUAAAGAAAAUGUCUUCGAAAACAACCGCCUGGCUUUUGAAGUGGCUGAACGGGAACUGGGUAUACCAGCAUUGCUUGAUCCAGAGGACAUGGUGUCCAUGAAAGUGCCUGAUCGGCUGAGCAUUAUGACGUACUUAUCCCAGUUUUAUAACCACUUCCAUAAUACCAGUCCGGUGGGAAAGCCCCAGCUUAAAGAAGCCUCUGAGUCCCCCUCCAAAGAUACCGGUGAAGGUUCCUUACCUCAGGGAAGCCCAAAUACCCCCACCUUUUUGACUCGUAAUUCAAAAAGCAGCAUGUGUGCCCUGUGCCAGCAGCAUGUACACCUGGUGCAGAGAUACCUGGUAGAGGGGAAACUUUAUCACCGCCAGUGCUUCAGAUGUAAAGAAUGCUCAAGUACCCUACUUCCUGGAGCCUAUCGGCCAGGCACUGAUGCUGGUACCCUUGUUUGCACUCAUCACUGCCACCGACCUCCAACCAGCAUCCCUGAAUCUGAAGAAGAUCGCACUAUGCAAAAGACAAUUCAGACCCCUCCCAAACCAUGCACACCAGAAAAACCUACCGUCUCCAAUAAACCUCCAACAGAACUGCAUCCGGAUCCCUCCCCUAGUAUGCGACCAGUACCAGCUCCAAGAAGAACAAGUGAUGCGGCACCUCAGCCUUUGCCACGAUCCCGUGCAGCAGCGGAACAGAGCCCAUUGAGGCCCACAUCUCUAAUAAAUGGCGAACAACAGACACCUGCUCCACCAGUCCCCAAACCAAGAAGCAGACAAAGAUCCUCAGAGAGGGAGGAGGAUGAAAAGCAGAAAAAAGAUCCUCCUUGGCUCAGUCUAGUUCCUGUGACAGAGCCCAAGAGAAGAGCUGCUCCCCUGCCUCCACCACUGUCUCAAAAGCAGGAGUUAAGAGAUAAGAAAUGUGAAAAGCCUUCAAAUGACACAGAAAAGCAAAGUCCCUCAUCAAAGUCAGUUUCCUACAAUCCAUUUGAAGAUGAAGAAGAGACAGAAGAAACAAGUUCUCUGAAACCAGGCCACCCAUGGUAUGGAAUUACACCAACCAGCAGCCCUAAGAGUCGCAAACGGCCUGCACCCAAAGCUCCUGAUGUUUCACCUCUGGCUCGUCAUACUAACCUAGUGUCAAGACUCUCUCACUCGGAGCCGCCCUCAGGCAUCCCUUCCCCAGCCCUAAGUACAGAGAGCCUUCCAACUGAUCCUUCCACAAUGGGACAGGAUCCUGAGAGUGUUCCCAAGAGCUCAUCUGAGCCAACUAUCCAUUCUCCAAACAAACCAGAAGCCUCAGAUAGAGACACUACCUCCUACCUCAGCACUGGUCUCCCCAGUACUUCUACCAACAUCAGCCUUUCUUCAUCCAGCGAAUUAGCUAAUACUAGUGAAGCACAAGAAAGUCCAUCCCCAGAAAUGCCUCUUAGUCCAAGCCGACCUGCCCCUCAAGCACCUACUGUCUCAAUUCCUAGCCCCGAGGCAGCAGGCAGCACACCUCCAGAGAAAAAGCCUCUAGCAAAGCCUUCUUGCAAACAGAAUCCCUUCAACAGGAAAUCCUCUCCUGCUACAUCUCCUAUUAACAGCAGAAACCAGAAAGGUCCAAAACCUUCCCGCCCCCCUGCUCCAGGACAUGGGUUUCCCCUUAUAAAACGCAAGGUUCAAGCUGAUGACUACAUUCCGGAAGAUGAGAUUCAGAUGGAAAUGGAGGCAAUUGAGCUGCGUCUGGAUGAACUAGAACGUCGUGGAGUGGAGCUAGAACACAGGCUGCGCAAGUUGGAGAAUGAAUCAGAUGAAGAUAGUCUGCUGGUGGACUGGUUUAAGCUGAUCCAAGAAAAACACACCCUAGUGCGUCGAGAGUCAGAGCUUGUCUACACCACCAAACAACAGAGUCUGGAACAGCGUCAGGCUGAUGUGGAGUAUGAACUUCGCUGCUUACUGAAUAAGCCAGAAAAGGACUGGUUGGAAGAGGAUAAGGAACGGGAACAAGUGCUAAUGCAGGAGCUGGUUACUCUCAUUGAGCAGAGAAAUGCAAUUGUCAGGUGUUUGGAUGAAGACAGACAGAGGGAAAACGAGGAAGACAAGAUCAUUGAAGCUAUGAUACAGAAGAAAAAUUUUCAUACAGAUCCACAAAAGAAAGAAAAAGAAAGAAAGAAGAAAGGAAAAUUUAAACCCAUGAAAGUUCUCAAGCUACUUUCUCCAAAGCAAGAGCCCAAAGUAAAAAGCCCAAAGGACAAAAACAGAGGGCAGUCAGAUGGGACCAAGAGGACCACCACAUGAUGAUGGGUCGGAUAAAUGGUAUAUUUGCACCAUUCUUCUUGCCUUCUGCCUUCACAGACUGUGCACCAAUUCUGUACUGAAGCUGGUAGGUCAGCAGAGAUGCAUGAAGUUGCCAUCGUUCAUUUUGUAUGAGAACCUUUUGCUGACAAACAGUAUGAGUGGUGGUUUAAUGGUGUUCAUGUGCUGCUGUCACAGGAGUGAAUUGUGUUGAACUGAAUUAAAGAGCCACCUCCACUUCUGUCCUGCUGUACCAUGUGCAAAUUCCACUUCUGUGUGCAAACAAAACACAGAAGCAAACUGUGCCAGUCAGCAUCUGAAAUAAUAAGUCAUCUUGACGGCACUUAGUCAUGUAUCUGUAUGUAAUUUAUUGGCUUUUCCUACUGAUCGUCUGCAUUCACAUUAAUACUCACAUCUGAAGCUAAACCAUGCUGCUUAAAAUGCCAUUUUUAAAUAUUU